AUGCAAAGCAGCUAUCCCUUAGACGGCCGGUAUCUUGGCGGACGCGGAGACGACGGCUCUCCAGCGUCUCCCUCAGGGGGAUCCGGCAAGGAGAAGCAGGAGCGGCGACCAGGCAUCAACCGUACAAAUCCGCUGUAUCAACAGCGGGCUGGAAUGUGUACUCGAGAAACCAGGACGGCCAGAUACGAUUGGCGAAGAACACUGCGACAGGGCAUGCUCAGCGGCGGCUUCAACUCGUCGACACUGCCCUCAUCCUCGAGCGCGAACACGCUCUCCUACGGGCACUCACCCAGCGCAUCGAUGGCUCCGCGCCGUGGUACGGAGGUGGGCAGCUCGCCCUCCUUCAACACACGCGGCACCGUGAACCCGUACAUCGGCGGGCCCAUGGACGCCGCUCAGCGCCAUUCCCACGCCACGCCUGGCCACUCAUGGGCCCCUAGCCUCGCGACGACUAAGGAUCGGCGGCGAGACAAAGGGGGUACGGACUCGUUGCCACCUUCCCGUUCGGGCUCAGAAGCACCCGACGACAUUCUGGGGACAGAGGAGAUCAUCAACCCGCUGGGGUCCAUGUCGAAGUUGGCGGAGGCGGCGGUGGAGAGGGCGCGCGAGGAGGAGACACGAUCAGAGGAGGAUCUCGGCGUUACGCCGCUCAAGAGGACGCACAGCCGAGAUCAUCUGGGGACGAAGAAAGCCCGACAUGGCGCUCAGCGCACGAUCGUCGAGGCGCAGGGCUUGACGCAGACCGUCACGGAUGUGCCAAAGUCCAAGUCCAAGAAGGCUCAUACCCACUCGCUGUUAGAUGUCGUGGACGAGGGCAUCGUGUCAGAGGAGGAAGCGCGCGAGCUCAUGGCGAUCUACUACCAGGGCUCUAGCCACUUCAUCCCCUGCUACGACCAGCAAUACGACACCUGGGACUCGCUCAAGAAGCGCUCCCCGUUCUCAAUAACAACGAUUGUUAUGGUUGGUGCACGCGUACGCGAUGGGGGCAACCCAACGAGCACGGUCCAGAAGUUAGCGCGGCUGCAAGCGCAAAAGUUUGCCACGGACACCAUGUUCAAUCCCGUCGCGCGUGUCGAGGCAGUGCAGGCGAUGGCGAUCCUGAGCGCGUUCAGCGACAACGGCUGGUUGCCUGGCGGACAUGCCGUGCGCAUGGCGCUUGACAUGGGCAUCAACCGGUCGUUCAUCAAGCUCCUGCGCGGUGGCAUGGGGAAAGGCAAGUCGCCCGAGGAGCUAGAGGAGGAGCGUCCGCUCGUCGUGCAGUCGCGAGUGUGGUUUUGCAUGGCGUACGGAAUGGGCCGACCCGCGAUUCUGCGCGAGGACGAGACGAUCGCACACUGCCGCCGCCUGCUCGAGCACCCGCUCAGCAUCACGUCUGACGCGCGCCUGAUCUCGACAGUGGAGCUCACGGCUCUCCGCGCCCCGCUGCACAUUGAGCUCACGGCCGCCCCCGACGUGCCUAUAGACCAUUCAACGCUGCACCGGCUGAAGCAGGCGAAUGCCGAGUUCGACUCCUGGGAGCGAUACUGGGACCACGUCCUGGCCGAGCGGUUCGGCAAGGGAAAAGCCGAUUUCUACCGCGAGAGCCUCGUCGUGCAGCGGCAAUACGCCGAAUUGUUCGUGAACAGCCAGCUGCUGCGUGGCAUCGUGAAUCCCGCCGACGUGGCCAACAUGCCCGAGGAGAAACGCGUGCUCGCCCUCAGGGCGAUGCGGAACGCGCAGGCAUGUCUCGAGAUCUGCCUCCAUGGCGAGAACUACAGGAACGGCCUCCGCUACGCCGUGCACUAUACGCAUGUGUGUGCCGCGUUCGCGGCGACGUUUCUGAUCCGCAUCGCGCGGCUCUUCCCCGCCGAGCUGGACCUGCGCAAGACGGCUCGAGACGUGGAAGACUUGGCGCGGACACUCUCCGAGAUCCCUGCCGGACGGUAUGCGCGCAGUCUGCGGCUCAUUCUCCGCCGGGCUAGGAAACAAAAAGUCAUACCGGCCAAGAGCGCAAGGGGCAGUCCGAAGCAAACCACUGCCCCGCUGCCCGAGGCACAUCAUCCCGGCGCGCCCGCGCCCAGCGAGACGGCAGGCAGCGUCGGCAGCGAGCACACGCCCUUUGUGCCCAACCUGCUCAUGGGCGCGAGCCAGAUUCUCGACGAGUCGCCCUCGGGUUCCGAGAACAGGGAGAUAUCUGAAUUCGACCUCCUCUUCGCACAGGAGAAUCUGCAGCGUUCGGGCUUGAGUUUAGGUGAGGGCGAGAGUCUGCCGCUGUUCCUGGACGGGCACAGUCUCGGGGGCACGUUUGAGGAGGGCGACCUUGCACCCUUUGUCGGACUUGAGCAGUUCUUCCUCCCCGUCGAUAUUGACUCGAGGUUAACGGACGCUGCGGCUGCGGCUGCUGCGGGGCAGAACGUGCUCUGGCAGUGA